AUGGGAAUCCCCGGAGAUCCCCCCCGACAACACCGCCGCAGGGAGCGAGCAGCGCACGACGGGACGCGGACGGACGAGCGGGAGAAGAGCGAGCGGGAGGAGGGCGGCGGGUGGCCGGAACCGAGAGAGGCCACCCGUCGGGAACCGCCGAGCCGCCGCGAGACGGACGCGCUCCCGCGCGACGCACCGCGCCUACUGACCACGCCGCGGUUCCAAGCCGGCGGCCGCGGGCGGGCGCUCGAGAGCGGGCGCAACGCCGGGGAGAGCGGGAUGAUCCCGGACCCGCUCCGGGCGGGGUCGGAAGACCGGGAACCGGCAGAGCGGGAGACGACACACCGCGCCAACGGGCUUGGCGGGAGAGACGGGCGGCGGGCCACCCCCCGGACGAGAGGCGGAGGCGGAGGGGACCGGGACGCCGCGAAAAGCCGGGCCGCGCGCGUGCUCGGAAACGCGGCGGGAGAGGCGGUAGGGGGAGAGAGGCGACGACACGCGGACGGUCUUUCCCUCGAGGGACGGGAGGGGGGACGCCGCGGCCCACGACGCACGGACGGGCCGGACCUCGGGGACGGGGAGAGUCAUCGACCGGAGCCCCCACCGUCGCCGCACCGGAGGGAAAAAAAAGCACGCAAGUGGGGGGUAUCUCACCGCCAGGCACCCAACCCGGUGCGGUGGCGGUUCCCCACACGAGACGCGCCUUCCCGGAGGACGACGACGACGACGACGGGGCCGGAAGAGUCCCCAGACGCACCUCGGACGGCGGACCCACCGCCACGCCGCAGACGACGGACGUCCGCUAAGCCUCCUUCCCUCGCGAGGUUCCCGAAACGCGCGAAGCCCGCCUCUCUCGCACCCUCUCGCACGGACCCACCGCCGAGACAGACGCGCCCGCCGCCGCCGAAGGACCCCCCGGCGGCGACGGGCCCCGACGCGUCCGGCGACGCGCCGGGAGACGACCGACCGCCGUUCUCCAAAGGCCGCACCCGAGAGAGAGGUCACGACCCCGCAAAGCCAGAACCGGAUCCCCGGCCCCGAGGAGGGACGGGUCAACCGCUGCUCCCCAACCGUGGGAACGCUGCCGGGGAGGGGGAGCGAGGCGACUCCCACACGGCACACAACACGAGCGACGCACGCACGCGACGCGCGCAGCGAGGCCGCGGUCCGCGGGAACGGCAAAGACGGGGAAGCGCGGGAGGGACCGCUCGCGGCGGGCACGGACGGCGGACGGGUGGGACCCGGGAGCCCACCGCCACCCAGCCCCGCUCUCUUCCCUGCUCGGCUCCGCGCCCCGACCGAGGCGCGUACGCACCCUCGGGGGAGCGGGGGGAUCGGGGUCCCGCGGCACUCGGGCGCGCGCACACGCGGCCCCUUCGUUCCCCGCCACGGGUAACACGUCCCGGGCUCCGGCACGACACGCCGGCAUCACGACACGCUCUCUUGUCCCGCGUGGUUCCUCCCCGGACUCGGAGCGAGGAGGCGCGGGCCGCAGUGGGCGACACAAACGCUCGGGUUUCCCCCCCCAAAGACGGGACGCGGCGAGGGGCACCCGGCCGAAGCUACGCGCAUCGGGAGGUCAGGGCGUGCUGGGGCGACCAGGCGGGCCGACGGGAGACCCCAAGCACGCCCGCUCAUCGGAUCGCUAGAGAAGGCACUCUUUUCUCACUGAGGGCGGGCGGGACGGACCCGGCCCGACGAGCCUCCGGCCGCGGCAGCGCAAGAGCCGGGGGAGCGACACACACACCGCUCGAUGAUCUCGAGCGCAGCGAGGCGGGGGGGCCUGCGGUAUCGGCAAGGCUCUUACUUCCUUUCCGGGGCGCGUUCUUGAGCGUUCGCGGACACAGGGGACCGGACCGAGAGAAAACAAUGCACAAAGCGGUCCCCCGAGAGCCAGGCCUGCCUCUCCAGGAACACCCACCGGGUCUAACACCAGGCGGGGAGGCAUUCUCGUCAAUCGACAGACCACCCACCUUUAACGGUGAGAAGAAAAAAGGCCGGCCGCGACCGCUCAACACCACACAGCGCUCACAGCCUACGGGAGAAGGCAGCGCACGGUGGGCCGCUCGCCCGACGUCCUCCGCUCACGGAGGGGAACCUCAGAGAGCCUCUUACCGCUUCGCCUCGACCCCCUUCAUCAUCGGGGUCAUCUUAACCCAACGAGAGCACACCUCGCAGAGGAACACCGCUAAAGGCCGGACCGCGCACAGGAGGCACACACGUCAGAGAACCGGGAAACGCCGCCGCCGCUCAGAACCGGGCACCUCUGAAGAUCGGCCUGGAACGCUCCAGGAGCACCAACGAGGAUGGCAAGCCGGGGAUGGGGGGCCGCGACGGAGAACGAACGGGACGCGGCGGUGGGCCGACGGCACCGCCGCGGAGCCGAGGCGCCUCCCCCCGGAGGAGCGGAAGAAAGAACGGAGGAGAGCCCGCCGUCGGGAGACGGGCAGAGACCUCGCCAUGCCGGCCGGCCGCCCGGUGGAUCUCGGAGAGGCGGCGGGGGAACGGAGAGGGGGGUUCGCCUCGGGCCGGCCAGCGAGAACCAGGAAGAAACACACCAGGAAAGCGGGUCGGGACCGACAGACACGGGGCCCGCGACCGACGACGCACCGGCGAACCGGGCACGCGGAGGCGAGCCCCACGGGCGCCCGAGAGGGGGCUCCCCAACCCCGACCGCGGCGUGCCUCGGGAACGGCCACCCGCCGCGUGAGGAACGGGAGUCCGAGGGAGCCGCCGGACGCCGACGGCUCCCUAGGGCCCCCCCGCCCCCCCGACCCCGGGGACGGAGAGGCGACCCCCCCGGGGGUCUUUAAACCUACGCGCCGGAACGCGGUAGCUAGGUACCCGGACAGGGGGCGGGGGCGGAGACGCGAGAGGGAGGACCGCCGCCGCGACGACGCACCCGGUCGCGCACCCUCGCGCGACACCGGCUCCGUCCGGCACGCGCGCCCGGGAGCCACGGCGAGAGGCCGCGCGGGACGCCGACGCGGGGCGCUCCCCUUCCCCCCCCGACGGGGGGGAACACGGACGCGCACCACCCCCCAGAAACAGAACACGGAAGAGCCGGACGGGAAAGAGGGGACACACCCGCGGGCCGCUGCGGUGCGGUGA